CUCAUCUACUUUAUUAUUUAUAACACCUACAUCCACCCUCUAUCCAAAUACCCCGGCCCAUUUCUAGCCAAGUUCACAGACCUCUACGCCGCCUACCAUGGCUGGAAGGGAGACCUGCACCUCGACAUGUGGCGUUGUCACCAGAAAUACGGGGACCGUGUCCGCUAUGCCCCCAACGCGCUCCUCGUCAACACGGCCGAGGGCUUGCGCGACAUCUACAGCUUUGGCCCGUCGUCCUCAUUUUCCAAAGGCGCGACGUACGAGCCCAUGAUCCACCGCGCACCCAACACCCUCACCAUCCGGGGCGGGCGCGAGCACGCCCGGCGCCGCCGAAUUCUGUCACAAGGCCUGUCAGAGCGAGCGCUGCGGAGCUACGAGCCGCGUAUCAUGUCGCACAUUCAGACCCUCGCCGGGGUCGUGGCAGCCGACGCAACCCUCGACGCGCGCGACAGUAGGCUGUGGGGUGCACCCGUCGACAUGGGCAGCCUGUGCAGCUACCUGACGUUUGACAUCAUGGCCGACGUUGUUUUCGAUGAGCGGUACAGCCUGUUGACCGAGCACAAAUUCCGCUACGUCGUAGACGCCAUCGAAAUCUCCAACACUCGCAUGGCUGGCUUGAUCCAGGCGCCGUGGUUCGCGCGCCACAAGCUGGACCGGCACUUGUUCCGCGCUGCGAUCAAAUCCCGUAACCGCUUUCUCAAGUUCCUCGGCGGUAUGCUUGGAUCGCGGAUGAAGCGACUAUCGCGGCCAAUUGACGACGCCAAAGAUACUCAGCCAAACGACCUUUUUGGGAACCUCGCCGUCGCCAAAGAUCCCGACACGGGCAGCAGCUUCACGGCGAACGAGCUAGCCGCCGAGAGCGCAACUCUCGUCUUUGCCGGCACAGAUACGUCCUCCACCGCUCUCGCCGCCGUGCUUUUUUACCUCGCACAUAACCCUUCUUGUUAUGCGCGGGCCGCCGCCGAAGUCAGGAGCGUGUUUGGCGUGGGACAUCAAGUAACCGGUCAGCGUUUACCGUCGUGCGUAUACCUCAAGGCGUGUGUGGAGGAGGCGCUGCGCAUGAGCCCGCCUGUCGGCGGGACCCCCUGGCGCGAGGUGUCGGCGGCACAGGGUGCGGUCGUUGACGGCGAGCAUUUGCCGCGCGGGACGACGGUUGGUGUAGGCAUAUACAGCGUGCAGCACAGCUGUGCAUACUAUGAUGAGCCGUUCCAAUACCGGCCAGAGCGGUGGCUGGCAGAUAGCCCAGGGAACGAUGCAGAGAAAGUCAACCGGGCGCGGUCGGUAUUUGCGCCGUUUAGCGUCGGACCGAGAAGCUGUUUGGGCAGAGGGUUGGCCCAGCAUGAGCUUAUGUUGGCGACGGCUACUUUGUUAAAUGUCGGCGAUUUCAGGCUGCCCGAUGGAAGAGAUGGUGUUGUCGGCUGUGGGACGCCGGGAGCCGAGCUGGGACGGCAUCGAGAGGGAGAGUUUCAGCUUAAAGAUUUCAUUACCGGUCAGAAAGACGGCCCAAUCCUGCAGUUUUCUAUGUUUUAG